AGUCUUUUUGAUUUCUGGCCUCUUUUUGACCCCCUCCCCUCCCCGGUCUCCCCCACCAGACCGCUCUUCCAGGCUCUGCUUUGUCUGCUCCCUCACCGGAACACCUCAGCUCAGCUUUCCCCCAAUACCCCUCGCAUUCUCCCCAGCGAAGCCUGCGUGCUCGACUCUUACAAAAUGGCUCCCUCUGCGACCAACUCGGCCAAAAAUGUCAAGGCCGAGAACUCAAAGUCCGUCAAGGUGCUCGAGGAGCUUUUGGGCAAAUUGACCAUCUCCAAGGCCCAGGACGAGAUCAACGCUGCCUCGCUCGACAUUGCCACCUUCAUCAACGGUGACAUCGAGGAGGGCGAUGCCCCCGUCGCUGCCGUCGAGCUGCUGCGCAAGCAGUUGGGCAACAAGAAGGAUGCUGUAGCCCGCGAGCGUGCGCUGGAUGCCAUUCGCGCCAUUGCCCAGCACUCCACCAUCUCCCCCGCCGUCGAGCCCUACCUUGUCGAGCUUCUCACCAACACCCUCAACGCUGUUGCCGACAAGAUGAGCGCCGUCAAGACCGCCGCACAGCAGGCAUCCGAGGCCAUUGUCUCUGCCGCCAACCCCAACGCCGUCAAGGCCAUCAUCCCACACAUCAUCAAGUCGCUCAGCGAAACCCUCAAGUGGCCCGAAAAGAUGACCGGCCUCAAGUGCAUUGAGAUCCUCGCCAAGAGCGCCCCUGCUCAGCUCGCCUACCGUGUCCCCGAUUUGAUUCCCGUCAUCUCUGGUGCCAUGUGGGAUACCAAGCCUGAGGUCAAGAAGGCCGCCUACGCCACCAUGGAGACCAUCUGCUCUCUCAUCUCCAACAAGGAUAUCGAGCGCUUCAUUCCCGAGCUCAUCAAGUGUAUCGCCAAGCCUGAGAACGUCCCCGAGACCGUUCACUUGCUCGGUGCCACCACUUUCGUCACUGAUGUUCACGAGCCCACUUUGGCCAUCAUGGUCCCUCUUCUCGAGCGUGGUCUCGUCGAGCGUGAGACCGCCAUCAAGCGAAAGUCUGCCGUCAUUGUCGACAACAUGUGCAAGCUUGUCGAGGAUCCCCAGAUUGUCGCUGCUUUCUUGCCCAAGCUGAUGCCUGCUCUCAUCAAGAACAACGAGACCCUCGCUGAUCCCGAGGCUCGUGAGAAGACCAAGCAAGGUCUUGACACCCUCACCCGUGUCGGUCACGUCGAGAACGGCAAGAUCCCCGAGAUCUCCAAGGAUGGUGACAUCGCCACUGUCGCUGGCCACCUCAAGGAGGUUAUUGGUAACGUCGACUCCAAGUUCGAUGUCGUCCUCAACUACGUUGGUGCCAUUGGUGGCCAACUCAUUGAUGAGAAGGCCUACGACCUCACCGAGUGGCAGACCAACGCCUCUGCUUUUGUUGGCGUCGUCACUGGCGACGAAAAGGCCAAGUCCGUCAUCGAGAGCCUCCGCAAGCGCGCUAUCCCCGCUGCCGCUGCCGCUGACGAGGUCGAGCCCGAUGAGGAGGAGGGCGAGGAUCUUUGCAACUGCACCUUCAACUUGGCUUACGGUGCUAAGAUUCUUCUCAACCAGACUCACCUUCGCUUGAAGCGUGGCCAGCGUUACGGUCUCCUCGGUCCCAACGGAUCCGGAAAGACUACCCUUAUGCGCGCCAUCAACAACGAGCAAGUCGAGGGUUUCCCCAAGCAGAACGAGGUCAAGACUGUCUACGUCGAGCACGAUCUUGACUCGGCCGACACAGAGCAGACGGUCAUUGAGUGGACCUGCAAGAAGCUCGAGUCUGUCGGCAUCAAAAUCACUCAAGCUGAGGUUGAGGGCACUCUCCGCGAGUUCGGUUUCACCGACGAGCAGAUCACCGGUGUCAUUACCGCGCUUUCUGGUGGCUGGAAGAUGAAGUUGGCUCUCGCUCGUGCCGUUUUCGAGAAGCCCGAUAUCCUGCUCCUUGACGAGCCCACCAACCACUUGGAUGUCAAGAACGUCAAGUGGCUCGAGGACUACCUCACCUCCUCGCCCUGCACGUCCAUUGUCAUCUCCCACGACAGCAAGUUCUUGAACAACAUCAUCCAGCACGUCAUCCAUUACGAGCGCUUCAAGCUCAAGCGUUACCGUGGUAACCUUGACGAUUUCGUCAAGCGCGUUCCCUCUGCCCGUUCUUACCACGAGCUCAGUGCCUCCGACAUGGAGUUCAAGUUCCCCGAGCCCGGUUUCCUCGAGGGUGUCAAGACCAAGGCCAAGGCCAUUGUUCGUGUGACCAACAUGACCUUCCAGUACCCCGGUACCUCCAGGCCUCAGAUCCAGGACAUCAACUUCCAGUGCUCGCUCGGCUCCCGUAUCGCCGUCAUCGGUCCCAACGGUGCUGGCAAGUCCACUCUUGUCAACGUCUUGACUGGUGAACUCAUCCCCACCAUCGGUGAGGUCUACCAGCACGAGAACAUCCGUAUUGCGUACAUCAAGCAGCACGCUUUCGCCCACAUUGACCACCACUUGGACAAGACUCCCUCCGAGUACAUUCAAUGGCGUUUCCAGACUGGUGAGGACCGUGAGACCAUGGACCGUGCCAACAAGAUCGUCACCGAAGAGGAUGAGAAGGCCAUGGACAAGGUCUACAAGAUCGAAGGUACACCUCGUCGCGUCAUCGGUAUCAACUCUCGUAGAAAGUUCAAGAACUCGUACGAAUACGAGUGCUCUUUCGCCCUUGGCGAGAACAUUGGCAUGAAGAACGAGCGCUGGACGCCCAUGAUGACGGCCGACAACGCCUGGCUUCCUCGUUCCGAACUUCUUGCUUCCCACGGCAAGAUGGUUGCCGAAGUUGAUCAGAAGGAGGCUCUUGCCAGCGGUCAGUUCCGUCCUCUGGUCCGUAAGGAGAUUGAGGCCCACUGCGCCAACUUUGGUCUUGACGCCGAACUCGUCUCUCACUCCCGUAUGCGUGGUCUUUCCGGAGGUCAGCGUGUCAAGGUUGUGCUCGCUGCUUGCUCAUGGCAGCGUCCUCACUUGAUCGUUCUUGACGAGCCCACCAACUAUCUCGACCGUGACUCUCUCGGCGCCUUGUCCAAGGCUCUUCACUCCUUCGAGGGUGGUGUCAUCAUCAUCACUCACUCGGCUGAGUUCACCAAGGGUCUCACCGAGGAAGUCUGGGCUGUCGUGGACGGAAAGAUGACUCCCUCUGGCCACAACUGGGUCCAGGGACAGGGAGCCGGUCCCCGUCUUGCUGAGAAGGGCGAAGAAGAGGAUAAAUUCGACGCAAUGGGUAACAAGAUUGAAGGCGGCACCAAGAAGAAGAAGCUUACGAGCUCUGAGAUGCGCAAGAAGAAGAAGGACCGCAUGGCCCGCCGCAAGCGUGGUGAGGAGGUCUUCUCCGAUGAGGACGAUUAGA